UCCCGCUUCUCGCGCAACAGGACUCUCUCUCUCUAAACAUUGCUCUUAGCUCUCCCCUCCUCUCUCUCUCUCUCUCUCUACUGCGCUUUUUCCCCUCUCUCUCUGAAGUAGUCUCUUCCUCUCUGAAAACCGGGCUUUAUCUUUCUCUCUCUUUAGACAAGGUCUUAACUGUGCCUUAAAAGGAAACGUCUGCGCGUGCAUUUUCCGUGGACUCCUGAGCAAUCUGCGUUCUUCCUCUGUUAUAAGCCUGCAUUGGACCUUAUGGAUUCUGAUUGCAAUGGAAAUCCAAUGGCGAUCUGUCUGGGAAUUAAUGGAAAGAUUGAGCCAAUAAACGAGGUUAUAGAGCAGCACCAAGUCUCAGAAGCUGAAACAUCUCAUAAACAACCAUUUGUCAUAGGUGUUGCGGGUGGUACAGCUUCAGGAAAGACCACUGUUUGUGACAUGAUAAUUGCACAGCUGAGGGAUCAAAGAGUUGUCCUUAUUAAUCAAGAUUCUUUUUAUCGCAUAUUGAGUGAUGAGCAAUUACGUCAAGUUCAUGACUACAACUUUGACCAUCCUCAUGCCUUUGACACAGAGCAGUUACUUUGUUGCAUGGAGAAGUUGCAACAUGGGCAAGCUGUUGAUUUACCAAACUAUGAUUUUAAGAGUCAUAAGAACUACACCCUACCUGCAAGAAGGGUGAAUCCUGCUGAUGUUAUAAUUUUAGAAGGAAUACUAGUUCUUCAUGAUCCACAUGUCCGUGAGUUGAUGAAUAUGAAGAUAUUUGUUGAUACAGAUGCUGAUUUGCGUUUGGCAAGAAGGAUAAGGCGCGAUACAGUUGAAAGAGGAAGAGAUGUUAGAUCAGUACUUGACCAGUAUUCAAAGUUCGUGAAGCCAGCUUUUGAUGAUUUUAUACUUCCUUCAAAGAAGCAUGCCGAUAUCAUCAUCCCACGAGGAGGAGACAAUCACGUAGCUAUUGACUUGAUACUCCAACACAUACUUACAAAACUUGGGCAACACAAUCUAUGCAAAAUAUAUCCUAAUGUUUAUGUUAUUCAUUCGACUUUCCAGAUACGUGGGAUGCAUACAUUAAUACGUGAUGUGAAAACUACGAAGCAUGAUUUCGUCUUUUACGCAGAUCGAUUGAUUCGUCUGGUUGUGGAGCAUGGACUUGGUCAUCUCCCAUUUACUGAAAAGCAAGUGACUACUCCAAUUGGCUGCAUCUAUACUGGGGUGGAUUUUUGUAAAAAGUUAUGCGGGGUCUCAAUAAUAAGAAGUGGGGAAAGUAUGGAAAAUGCACUAAGAGCUUGUUGUAAGGGAAUCAAAAUUGGCAAGCUACUUAUUCAUCGUGACGGUGAUAAUGGCUGGCAGCUAAUCUAUGAGAAGUUACCAACUGACAUUUCAGCCCGCCAUGUUUUAUUGCUUGAUCCGGUCCUUGCUACAGGGAAUUCUGCUAUUAAAGCUAUCAAUCUGCUCCUGCACAAGGGUGUACCUGAGUCACAUAUUAUCUUUCUAAACCUUAUAUCAGCUCCUGAGGGAAUACAUGCAGUCUGCAAAAAAUUUCCAAGACUCAAAAUUGUGACCUCAGAGAUUGAUGUGGCACUUAGUAAAGAAUUCCAAGUUAUUCCAGGUAUGGGAGGAUUUGGGGAUCGAUACUUUGGCACAGUUGAAACAAAUAACCAUAAUCCUUAGCUUCCGUAAUUGUUGGGAAUCAAGGGCUACCUCAGAAAGUCGACUUUGCUAGUCGCCACAAUUCUUUUUGUUCACAUUUUUUUUAAAAAAAAAAAUUUGUGUUUAUCCGGGUAUUAUUCACCUUCAACGGGGGUAGUUUUUUUUCUUCAUGAGAUAUCCCUUUGAGGAGCAAAGAGUUGCAAGACAGAGGAAGGUUCUUACUCAAGAGUUAGAUAUUCAGAUUAAUUUUUUUAUCCAUGUUGGAUCCUGAAACUUCAAUAUGUACGAAGAUAUGUAAAUGGUGGCCCACUGAAGCCUGAAAUUUGGUUGUUUCAGUCACUUAAUUAUUUAUAUGUAAAUGGUGCCCAGUAAAGCCUGAAAUUUUGAUGUUUCAGUCACUUCAUUAUUAUAGCUAGU